UUAACUUUACCAAACCAACCUUUUUUACUACACACACAGUUCAGUCUUCACUUUGACUACUCCAUUUGAAUAGUCGACCCAACAAUACAUGCGGCAGACCCAACCUCAUCUCCCGCCAUAAUAGUAGCUGUCCCACGGUGACUCUUCACCUACUACUACUACUACACCAACAAACAACCCCUGCAAGCCACCCACUUAUUGGAUCCGCAAACGCACCCAAGUUAAGCGUCUGCCUUGAGUCACCAAACAACGAGAUUACUACGACCACUCCGCAUAAAAGAAAACACUUUCUCCUAGUUUUUUCUUUCCCUCCUCUCAAAAUGUCGAAUACUUUUACUACCACAUCAUCACCAACGGCCUCAUCAGUCUACGCCUCCCCCCUCUCUCCCUUCAAGAAGCAGAAGAUGUCCAUCACGCAGACAUACUACCUGGCCCACAAGGCCAGGGCCAAGCUCUCCCACGAGGCUGCCAUGCCUGACCACAACCUUCGUCUGCUCGUCGGCCACGCCAACCUCCUCGACAGCCUGAUGCUCGAGCUUGCGGACGCCGAGAGGGAGCAGGAGUCCUGGUUCAACAACUCCGUCCGCAGCGCCUCCCAAACCGAGAAGCAAACCUCCUCGCCUCUCUCCAACGAGAGCAGACACAUCCAGUGGGCCGACUCCAUCCCAGAGGAGGAAGAGGAGGACGAGGACGACUACGACUCCUCUUCAGAUGAC